AUGAAACGGGGGCCACAGCCUAAGGUUGAAGAAGCCACAAGUCCAGAAAACUGUGAGGGCAAAUCUUUGGGGGUCCCCCCCCCAGGUCCCUCAGGUCCCCAAGGUCCCUCAGGUCCCCCAGGUCCACCCAGGUCCCUCCAGGUCCCCCAGGUCCUCCCAGGUCCCCCCAGGUCCCCAGGUCCCUCAGGUCCCCCAGGUCCCCAGGUUCACCCAGGUCCCCUAGGUCCCCAAGGCCCCCAGGUCCCCAGGUCCUCCAGGUCCCCCCAGGUCCCCCAGGUCCCCAAGGUCCCCAGGUCCCCAGGUCCCCCAGGUCCCCCAGGUCCCCCCAGGUACCCCAAGGUCCCCAAGGUCCCCCCAGGUCCCCCAGGUCCCGACUAA